UACAGACAGACGGUGAGAGCGCUGAUCAAACAUGCGGUGCUCUGCUCUGUCGUUUUUGCUCCCCUAGGCGAAGGUGAAAAUCCGCCCAGACCAUGGAGUGUAUCGAUCAACACAGCUGAAGAAAUGGAGUGUAACUGAAGUCGUCUCUGACCCCUGCAGGUGAAUGGGCAGCAUGUCUCUCUCGAGCUUCCCUGGACGUGACCUUGCAUCGGCUGGGCUGGAGAUGAAUGCUCCUGCUCUGGACGCAGAAGUUCUCAAGCACCUUCGGUCAGGGCUGACGGAUCUACAAGGUGUGCCGAUGACCCUGUCUGUGACACACAGGUGGGAUGAUAUCAAGAACUUCAGUGCCCACCCUGAUGACCUGCUCAUAGCCACGUACCCCAAGUCAGGAACCACGUGGAUGGUGGAGAUUGUGGACAGCAUUCGCAACGAGGGCAUCUCCCAGGAGAUGCGAAGCAUACCCAGUUUGAUGAGAGCGCCUUUCCUGGAGAUGAAUCCUCCGGCCCCCUUUCCAUCUGGUCUUGAUAUCCUGAAGACGAUGCCAGCUCCCAGGAUGGUGAAGACUCAUCUGCCGUUCCAGCUGGUGCCGCAGUCCUUCUGGGACAACAACUGCAAGGCUAUUUACAUUGCACGCAACGCCAAGGAUGUCCUCAUCUCCUACUACUACUUCCACAAGAUGAACACUGGCAUGCCCGAGCCUGGCACCUGGCAUGAGUUUUUUGACAACUUCCUAUCUGGAAAGGUGUCAUGGGGCUCCUGGUUCGAUCAUGUGACUGGCUGGUGGGACGCCCGUGAGGGCCUCCGUAUCCACUAUGUCUUCUACGAGGACCUGAAGCAGGACCCUGUAAAGGAAAUCAAGAAGGUGGCGCUCUUCCUGGGCAAGACGCUCAACAAAGAGUUGCUGGACACCAUCCUUGAACACACCUCCUUCAACAAGAUGAAGGACAACCCCAUGACCAACUUCAGCACGGUGCCACCGUUUGUCUUCAAGCACGACAUCUCGCCCUUUAUGAGGAAAGGAACUGUGGGGGACUGGAAGCUGCACCUGACCGUGGCGGAGAACGAGAGAUUUGACGAGGAGUACCAACGGCGCAUGGCUGCCUCCUCCCUGACCUUCAGGACUGAACUCUGAGUGGCUGUUCUCCAUUCACCUUUGACAGAUGCGAGCCCCCCAUGUGGCCAGUAGGGGGCAGUGUUUCCACUGUAUUUUUUUAGGUGUUAAGAUUACGUGUAUUUUGUAUCUUUUGCAUGUUUUUUUUAAAUAUUUGUUACUAAUUAUUAAAUAAAGAAAAGCACUGACCCAAA